GGCUGGCGGGAUCGGGGUUGCUGUGGAAACCGGGGCCUUGGGUUUCCGAGGUUUCUCGGCGGCCUGGCCCGGCGCAGGGGGAAUCCGCCUCUCCCGCCUAACAUCCGUCUUUACUGCCGAUUGUCCUCGUUGUUACUCCCGGGAUGACGGGGGCUGUUGGAUUGCAGUGGAAACCAUUUGACAGUGGACUGGAAGUUCAAGAGAUAAGUCAUGGGGGAACGGAAAGGUGUGAACAAGUAUUACCCACCUGACUUUGAUCCUGCCAAGCAUGGAUCCCUCAACAAAUACAGGAACAGUCAUCCUCUGCGGGAAAGGGCACGAAAACUCUCCCAAGGAAUCCUCAUCAUUCGGUUCGAGAUGCCAUAUAACAUCUGGUGUGAUGGUUGUGGGAAGCACAUUGGAAUGGGUGUCCGGUAUAAUGCAGAAAAGAAGAAAGUUGGGAAUUACUACACAACCCCCAUCUACAGGUUCCGGAUGAAGUGCCAUUUGUGUGUGAAUCACAUCGAGAUGCAGACUGACCCAGCCAACUGUGACUAUGUGAUAGUGAGUGGAGCACGGCGCAAAGAGGAACGCUGGGACAUGAAGGACAAUGAGCAAAUCUUAACGACAGAGCAUGAAGAGAAGAAAAAGUUGGAGACAGAUGCCAUGUACAAGUUGGAACAUGGAGUCAGUGACCAGGAGAAGCUGAAGAUUGCCAUUCCCACCUUGUCCGAUAUCCAGGAGAUGCAGAAUGCCUGGAAAGAUGACUUUGCCAUGAACAGCAUGCUGCGCAAGAAAUUCCGGGAUGAGAAAAAGGUGUUGAAAGAGGUGGAAGAGAAAGAUGAAGCUCUUCGGAACAAAGCAUCUCUCAGUAUUCCUCUGGUUCAGGAGUCUGAGGAUGAUAAACACCUGGCUUCGCUUCUCAAAUUCCAUACUGUGGAUUCCUACGAGGACAAGCAAAGGCUGAAAAGGAAGGAAAUCACCUCCAGGUCCUGGUUUGCAUCAUCACAAGUUGCCAUGGGGGAGAAGGCUGGUGAGACCUUGAAAAAACUUGGCCUGAAUAAAAUAUUAACAACCAAAUCCACAAACAGCCCAAAUGGGUUUGCUGCAAGUAAUCUUGGAAUAAUUCGACGGAAAUCAGAAAGCCAGAAACAGCAGUCGCUCUUGAUCAGCAGAGAGAAGGAUUCUGGACUGAAGAUGAGAAGUAGAACACAUCAAAAGGACCAUGUUCCAGACAGUACGACUGAAGAGUGUGUUAGUGACUUAAAGGAAGAAGCUGACAUUUCUCUACAGACUGAAGUGAUGAUAGACUCGGAUCGAGAUCUCAAUACCAGCUCCCUUGUUGCAGACUAUUCUGACUCUAGUUCAGACACCGAUGUUGCCUGAGCUGUGCCUGUGUGUAAAUAAAUGCAAAUAGGUUCAUGAUUUAUAAUUCCUGUACAAUAAAUACUCCCAUCAACCUG